CGGUCGGUGGGUCGGACCUGUCCGCGGUGCUGGCGGAGGCUCCAGGUUGCCUGUGACCCGACCCACCCUCCCUUCCGUUCUGGCCCGGGGGGCUGAGAAGAAAAUGGAGGCCCGGAAAGGGAAGGGGACUUGUCCAAGGUCAUAUACCAUAAGAUGCCCCAAUGUUGUUUUCAGCUAAGGAGGAGGCUCCUGAGGGCCUGUGGGCAAAGUUGGAUAUUACUAGUUUCAGGCAGUCAGCCCACAAGCCUUUAUCACGUGCUUACUGUGUACCAGGCAUUGUGCUAGGUUCUGGCAUACAAAGACAAAACUGAGACAGUGCUUGCCUUUGAGGAACUUACAUUCUACUGCGAUAUACAUGUUUACAGAGACAUAAAUACAGGAUAUAUACAAGCUUCCUGAUAAUCUAAUGUCCGAAGAAAGUGACUCUCUGAGAACAAGCCCCUCUGUGGCGUCUCUGUCUGAAAAUGAGCUACAGCUCUCCAAACAGCCUGGGUAUGUGUGCUCCCUGACGGAGGAGCUCAUCACCAAAGCCCGGGAGGAGCUGCAGGAGAAACCAGAAUGGCGGCUCCGGGAUGUUCAAGCCCUUCGAGACAUGGUGUGUAAAGACUAUCCCAACCUAAGUACAUCCUUGGACGAUGCUUUUCUCCUACGCUUUCUCAGAGCCCGAAAGUUUGACUAUGACCGAGCCUUGCAGCUUCUGGUCAACUAUCACAGCUGUCGGAGGAGCUGGCCCGAAGUGUUUGACAACCUGAAGCCCUCUGCCCUAACUGAGGUUCUGGCUUCAGGUUUUCUCACAGUGCUGCCUCACUCGGACCCUAGAGGCUGCCAGGUAGUUUGCCUUCGUCCAGAUAGAUGGAUUCCAAGUAACUACCCAAUUACCGAGAACAUUCGUGCCAUAUACUUAACGUUAGAAAAGUUGAUCCAAUCCGAGGAGACCCAGGUAAACGGAAUCGUCAUCCUCGCGGACUACAAAGGAGUUGGCUUAGCCAAGGCUUCCCAUUUUGGUCCUUUUAUAGCCAAAAAAGUGAUUGGAAUUCUCCAGGAUGGGUUUCCCAUUAGAAUAAAAGCUGUCAAUAUUGUAAAUGAACCUCGAAUAUUCAAAGGCAUUUUUGCUAUCAUAAAACCAUUUCUGAAGGAGAAAAUAGCUAACAGAUUUUUCCUUCAUGGAUCUGACUUGAAUUCUCUACACCUGAACCUUCCAAAGAGCAUCCUUCCUAAGGAGUAUGGAGGCACUGCUGGGGAGCUGGAUGCAAAUGCCUGGAAGGAGGUGCUGCUGGCCUCAGAGGAGGACUUUGUGAAGGAGUUCUGCAGGCCUCUCCCUCCCAGCAGUAGCCUCCUCCAGGACACCACGAUGGUGGAGGGAAUAACCUCUGAGGUUCAGGGCGAUGACUCCAUUCGAGGAGUAAAGUCACAGCUGUACUCCUGCUAUUAACGAAGAAGUCACAUGGUUUUCUACAUACGUUGCAGCCAUUAAGUAAUUUCUUUCUCCCUCCUAAAGCAUAAAAGGAGAAUUUGAAGUCCCAUAAGUUUUGGCCCUAUCCAUUAUCACUGAACAGAAUUUAUGCCUAAUGAAGUUAUGAUCAGCUUUAAAAUACCAAUAUGUUACAAAAGGUGGCAUGUACGUAAGUUGCUUGAGAAUCAGUCUAAGACAGACCUUUGUAGUCUACCUUUAGGCCCCUGGGGAAUAUAGUCAGUGGUCAAGUUUCAUGAACCCAACUUUGAAAUCAUUCAUCUGGUAGCUGUACUUUCAGAAUAUAUCCUGUAAUUUUUAUCAGUUUGGGUAUUUCCUUCCUCAAUACAGAUUUCAACUCUUCCAUGCUUUGGUAGAUAGUUUCAUGAGCUUCUGAGCAAAAGCAAUCUCCCACAUAGUGACCAACCCACUGGUGUUGAAGCUCUCUGCACUUAGCUAUUCUUAUCCUUGGGUAGCAAGCCUACUCGUCUGUUGCUAGGGCUUUCCUUGAAAUCCUUCCAUCUUGAUGGGACCAGCCAAAGCUUGUGCUCCCUUGGCAUUGCCUUUGAGAACCCAGGCCACGCCGAGGAUUGGAGGGAAGGAAUCUCAUAACUAUUGCAAAAAAAAUCCAGCAGGGGGCAGUCCAAGGAAAAGAGAGGUCUGCUGUCCUGGAGAAACCAGCCUGUGUGUGACGGGUGAGCCCAUUCGGUUACAGUGGAGAUUGCUAGUAAGAUUAUGAAGAUUAUUGGAGGUCCCCUCAUGUCUGGCUUCACAACCAUCUGUCUUAAAGAUCACUUUCCCUGCACUCCUCCUUACUGUCCUCACUGUGACCUAUCAGGAGCUGCUAAUUCAUUACCUGUACUUUUUAAACUGUAAUGUUUCUUGCUGCAGUAUAGAAGCAUCAGGGCACCUUCAGAGAGUUUCCUUUCAGAAUUCAGGAGCCAAAGAUACUGUGGCCCCCUCGGAGACUCCUGCUGCCAUGAUCCCAUUUUUCCAGUAGCCCUGAAGUCUUAACCCUCAUUCUUUACUGAAUAUCAUUCCCAGGAAGGUAGCCAAUAUGGCAGCAUGAUUGUGGAAGGGUACAAUUUUAAUUGACUUAAAAUCACCAGAUUUCAGUGUAGUAUAACGAAAAGAGCACCAGUCAACGGUCCCUGUAGUUUACUCUGGUAUCUGGUCCCAUUUCUGCCACUAACUCAUAGUGGAGCUCAGUCUCUGUGGACCUCAGAUUCUUUUUAGCUGUAAGAUUCUGGCACUCAGUUUAGUUACCGUGUAGUAUCCUGCAUCAGUCUUCUACUUGCUGGUGGAAGCUGUGGCACAGUGGGGAGAGUUGGACUCAGAAUCAAGACCUGGGUUCUAACACAUGCUGGGCAGAUCAUUUAACCUGUUGGUGCUCUAGUUAGCUCUAAGCCUGUAAGUUACAGAGAAGGUGCUGAAUUGUAGUUGUAGAGGAAGUUUGCUCACGUUGGAGUUCCUGGUGAAAUCCCAGGGCUAGUCCUUAUCCCUUCCCCCUACUAAGACGAAAAGCUGGACCAGACUAGGGAGAUCUUGUCAUCUCUAUUUGUAGGUAGGCAUCACUAGGGGGAGUUCCCACACCACUUGGCAUUCCAGGACUUUAGGCGCUGAAAUCUUUGCUAAAGAUAAUUUUUUUUUUUAGCGACCUGUAAUAUUGUGAAGCCAGCAAAAGGUCUCUGAGUACUUAAAAAUUCAUAGGGUUUUGGGAACCAAAUGGAGAUACGACGUUAAAAAGGCGCAUAUGUUCUCAAGAUUUCCUGCAAGCUUUUUGUCUGUAGAUGUAAGUUAUGCCUGCUCAUUAGGAUUCCUGAGCUGCUUUGCCACUCCACCCCUGCCUCUUGUCUCCCUCAUCCCAGCUUGAGAGCCCCUGUAAUGUAUCAGCUAGAGUCAGGUCAGCCAUUCUUAACCUGGGCUGGGACUUUGAGCACUUUACAUCCUCAGUGUCAAGAUUUGCCUUUGCCCUGCACCCCAGUAGGAUUGAGGUUUGAUGUUUUUAGACCUGGUUUAUGUCUGAUUUAUUGCAUAUACAAGAUGGUUUAAAAUUGUAGCCUCACCCUUGAUGUGCCUCUUCUCUGCAUUUAUUUUAAUAUACUGUAAAACCAAGAGCAAGGCAUAUGUUUAGUUCCCUAGAAGCAGAGCAACCAAGACAUACAGAAGCCAUUUGUUUAUACCUUUACUACCAGGUAGUUCAUCUGUACAGCAAUUUCUGAAAAGCACUUUCUUGACAGGUUUUUUUCUGGUGAAAUUCCAUUUACUUUGCCUUCUUGGUGCCAAUUUUUUUUCAAGGAAAGCUUAUCUCCCUGUAGAUUAAUACUGUGUUCUCUAGGAAUAGCCAAGACAUUACAUAUUUUGAAUGCCAAAAUGACAAUGGCAGUGUGCCUCAAAUCACCAAAAAUGGCCUGGAAAAACAAAGGCUUUCAGCCUUGGGAGUCCUCAGAAGUGAAGAUUUCGUCUACUUCAGUAGGGAAAACCCAUUCCUGAAAGUAGAGACAAAUUUUCAUCAGGGCUUGUUGGAUUUAGAUUAAGACUCACCUAGGCCAGUAGUAAGAAGUAGGAUUAGCAGAGGAAAGUUGAAAAUCUGACAAGAGUAGAAUAGGAGGAUACUUGAUCAGAAGUUCUUUCCAGUCACUGGAAGAAGAGGUAAAUGGAAAAAAAUUACCUUGGUCCAAGGUUUCUAAGCAUUAGUGGCUUCAGUGAAUGACAUUCUGAAUUACCCAGCAUUAACUGUUUGUUCAUAACUCUAAUAUGAAUGAUGUAGCAAAUCUAGAGAAGUUACACAAAGACCAGGGCAUGUCCAGUUCCCCUUGGUUCUUCCAGGAGUCUCAGAAUCCAGAUCUUGUCAAUGGGUGCCCUCAUUAUGAUGGGACCAAGGCUGGAGUAUCUUUUCUUGAAACGCUGUGACUACGGGAGGAUGUUUGGGCACUAGACAGCUAAGAAGAGUUGAGCAAGGAUUAUGAAUGGGGAACUCGAUUGCAUUGGAGUGCAGGUGAUCCCUACACACUCUCAUUGAGGCAUUUUAAGGAAUUCUUUCCUGGCAGUGAAUAAGGAAAGCAAAAGACAUCUGUGGGUCAGGCUUUUUUCCUUUGGCUUUGAUGUGAAGUGAAAUACCAACAAGAGGGAUGUUAGUACUGGAAGCAGAUUGUACCAUAAAUCAUACUUAUCAUGACUUUUAAAAGUGAGAGUUCCAGCUGUCACAGAUGCAUAAGAUUACUUCCUUUGGAUCUCCCUUUGAGGAAAAGUCCUAGCCAAUUUUAUAAAUGUCUGAAGCUGUGUCUAAACCCUAUAUUGUGCCAUUGCCUCGGCCUGAAUCACCCUUACUACCACCAUUCACAAUUUGGCUCUCAGUUGCUCCAUUUGCAAAAACAAAACUAGAUUAUCUCUAAGUCUUCUUUCAGCUCUAACGUCUGUGACUUUAUGAUCAACUGUUGUAUUUAGAGGAUGUGCCCCUUUUAUUAAUUGGCCCAUUCAAAUUGAUUUGAUUUUCCUUUUGAUUUCUCCUAGCUCAGAAUUCUAGAACACUGCAGUCCCCUCCUGAGUUCAUCUUGUUCCUUAGCUGAGGACAAAUUAGGAGUUUUAGAAGCAAACGAAAGAGGGAGCUUUGUUUUUAGUAAAAAAAAGCUCUGGGUUUGUAGUCAGAAGACAUGGGUUUUUUAAUCCUGUGACCUAGAGCAUGAUUUUCCCCCUGUUUAAGCCAGAGUUUCUUCCUUUGUAAAAUGAGAGGAUUUGAGGGGCAGCUAGGUGGCGCAGUGGAUAGAGCACUGGCCCU